AUGAGUGUGUUUCUGACAGAUUACCUCAGAAAUCAGGAGGUUGAUUUUAUUGGUCUGCAAGAAACAAUAAAGACAGAUUAUUCUCCUGCUUUCUUCAGGAGAUUUGACCAUAUGAAUGAGUUUGAAUGUAGAUGGAUUCCUUCUAUUGGCAGAGGUGGUGGGAUUCUGGGUGGCUUUAGGUCAUCCAAGUUUGAUAUUUGUAAGACUGAGGUUGGCAGAUUUUAUAUCAAAAUUACUCUUCUAGAUAAAAAAAUACAGAUGAAAUGGAAUUUGAUCAUUGUCUAUGGAGCUGCUCAACUAGAUGACAAGGAAGAUUUCUUGAUUGAGCUGGGAAAUGUCUGCAGUGACCAAGAGUUACCUCUGCUCAUUGGGGGAUACUUUAACAUCAUUAGAUUCCCUUCAGAAAAAGAUAAAAUCAUGAGGAGAAACAGAUGGACUGAUAUGUUCAAUGCCAUCAUCAAUUGUCAUGGUUUGAGAGAGCUAUAUCUGUCAGGUGGACAAUAUACUUGGUCUAAUAAUCAACAAGAUCCUACUCUGGAAAAACUUGACAGGUUUUUGAUGAAUGAUGCUUGGGAAACUUUGUUUCCCCUCACCACAGUUCAUAAGCUUGUCAGGGAGGUGUCAGACCACAAUCCCUUGAUUCUUGAUACUAUGGAACAGAAAGAUAAAGCUGUCAGAGAUUUUAAAUUUGAAAAAGCUUGGUUGCAAGAAGAUUUCAUGAGCAGAGUUUCCAGGGCUUGGCAGAUUCCUGUUAGAGAUCUUGACAGCCUGGGAAAAAUACAGCAGAAACUAAAGAAUGUCAAGAAAGAUUUGAAAGGUUGGGGAGCAAAUUUGAAAGUAAGAGAUAUCAAAAGAAAAAAGGAGAUUAAUAGUGAGCUGGAAGAAAUUGAAAGGAGAAAUACUGGCAGCAGAGAUCCAGAGAGAAAUGGCUCCUUCAGGGUGAUUCUUUUUGGCCUAGCUACUGACUCUGGUAUCAGAUUAGACAAUCACAUUUGGUCUGCUGUUGAUACUACCAGCGAUGAGGAGAGAGAGACAAUGGAUAGAAACUUCAGUGAGGAACAAGUAAAAAAUUCCAUUGACCAGAUUGAAAAUAACAAGGCAGCUGGACCUGAUGGUAUCCCAGCAGAGUUCUACAAAGAAUGCUGGGAUAUUAUUAAGGUAGAUAUGAUGAUUGCCUUCCAUGAUUUUCAUAGGCAUGCAAUUGAUUUGAAAAAGAUUAAUUAUGGCAUUAUAAAAUACAAACCAAUUUGUCUUUUGCAAGUCCUUUUCAAGAUCUUCACAAAAGUUUUAACUAUUAGAGCAAUUCCAAUCAUGAACAAGGUGAUACAUCCUUGCCAGACUGCUUUCAUAAAAGUAAGAUAUAUUACUGAUGGGGUUGCUCUGCUGCAAGAGGUUCUGAGAGAGGCAAAGUUCAGAAAACAACAAGGAGUUGUGCUGAAGAUUGAUUUUGAAAAAGCCUAUGAUAAAGUCAACUGGGAUUUUCUGUUUGACUGUUGCAGGCAGAAGGGAUUCAGUGAAAAUUGGUUGAUCUGGAUAAAAAAAGCAGUUGUUGAAGGAACUCUCAGUGUGAAAGUUAAUGAAAAAGUUGGUCCAUACUUUGGCAGUCAUAAAGGGGUCAGACAAGGAGAUCCCUUUGCCCCCUUCCUGUUCAACAUGGCAGCUAACAUCGUUGCUAACAUGGUCUCUGUGGCACAGCAGAAUGGACUCUUUGUUGGUUUGGCUGACAAUAUUAUCACUAGAGGAGUUGCUGAUGACACAAUCUUAUUGAUUCAAGAUGAUUUGGAGCAAGCUAGAAAUCUCAAGCAGCUGUUAUAUCUCUUUGAAGCCAUGUCUGGCAAAAUAUGUGUGGAGUACUAUGGCAAGGGCUGUGGGGCAACUGACAUGCCUGGGAGUUUUACUCAAUUCUUCUGGUGGUUCCCUAAUCUGACUCCUGCUAGCAGAAAUGUUCAGAUAGCUGGCCUGGCUGCGAUUUGUCUCCACAACGCUGCUGAUGAAAGGAACAUCAAAGCUGGAGCUGACAAUCUACUUCGGUUGGCUGCCGCUGCUACUGCUACGUCUUCAUCUAAUGGAGGCAGCUCUGGUGGAAGAACCCUGGCUAUCAUGGAUGCUGUACCAGUUGAACGCGGAGAAGAUGACAUGGAGACUGACGAUGAUGCCAGAAACGGAUAA